GACGCGCUCCAGGCGAUGGCCGGGGAGCCCCGGAGGCGUCGGCGGGAUACAAAGGAGCGGCGAGAGCGGAAUAUAAAUUAAUAAAUACAGCGCCCAAGCCGGAGAGCUCCCGAUCGCCAAUCCGCCUGCAGCAAGUUUGUUCAACUCUAAAGGCUGUAACCAGAGCCAGGGAAAGGGGGUGGGGCGGUGAGGCCCCCGCUCCCUGAGACUGGAAAAGAGAGGAACAAAUGAAUAGCAGUAGACAAGAUGGAGUCAUCAGAUUUCAGCCAGAAUCUUUGCAUGAUGAGUGAUGGGCCUGAAAAUUUCGCUCCAGGUUUGGAAGUCUGCAGUGGAAGAGGGAAGGAGCUACGGUCAGCUGCUUCUCCUCUUCUCAAUACUCCAUCUCCCUCAUCAGUUGCUGCUUUCGGCUUUUUCAAAGGUGCAAGAGGGAAGGAGAAAAGUUGAGGGGAUCCAGAAAGCAAUCAUGGACCUUAUAGAUGAGUUUAAAGAUGAAUUCCCCACCAUCCUAAGAUUAUCACAAUCUAAUCAGAAAAAAGAACCCAUGCAAAAAACAUCCAAAAUCAGAAUGGCUGUUGCUCUAGCCAAGAUCAACCGGGGGACAUUAAUUCAAGGAUUAAACAGCAUAUCCAAAUCCUCCAAAUCAGUGGCCAGACUUCUACAACCUCAGCUUGUUUGUAGACUUUUAGAAUUAAGGGACAUAUCUCAUCGUCUGCUGAGAGAAGUUAAUGCGCCAAAGCAACCCCUGUAUAACAUGCAGGCCAGAAAGGGUUCUUUGUUUGAAAUUAUUUCCUUUCCAGCAAAGACUGCUUUAACUAGCAUAAUAUGUGCUUCAUAUGCAGCACUCAUUUAUUUGACAGUCUGUGUUAAUGCUGUAUUGGAGAAGGUAAAGAAAAUUUUCCAAGAAGAAGAAUCCAUAAGGCAAAACAGAGAGGAGAGUGAAAAUAUCAGAAAAGCCUUUUCUGAACCUGUUCUUUCUGAGCCUAUGUUUCCUGAAGGUGAAAUCAAAGCAAAACCUUACAGGUCAUUACCGGAGAAGCCAGACAGUAUUUCCAAUCGCCCCAAACUUCCUACUAAGUUGAGUAAUAAGAUCCAGGUUUUACAUUCUGUAUUUGACCAGUCAACUGAAAUGAAUGAAUGAACAAAUAUGAACACAAAUAUCUUAAUAGAGCCUAAGAGUUAUCUGACAUUUCAUCUGACGAAACUAGUAAAUUAAUUUUCAUACACUGACUGCUCUACUUUAAAAAAAAGGGGGGGGGUGAGGAAUUACUAAUAAAAUGUCAUUCUUAAGUAUAUGGUAAAGAAAAUGAAAUGAAUCUUGAUUUAGAAUAUAUGUAUAACUAACUAUAUAUUUUGUAAUGAACAAGAAAAUGUACCAUUUUGGUGGGUUAGAUUUUAUGCUGUGGUUUAUAAUAUGGGUAUAUUUAUAAUAUAUUUAUGUUUUUAUUAAAGAUUUGUUUCAAGUA